AUGGGUAACGUGUGUACCUGUCGGAAUAAAGACAGUCAGAUCAACGCUGGUUCAAUUCUCGACCGUGUUAUCAGUCAAGCAAGCGAUGAGGAUCAGUGUUUAUUGUACCGUUUGGCCAAUUACAAGAAAGGCGGCGAGCUCAUUGAAGCGUAUAAUCGAGGAGGCCAAUUUGAGGUAGAACAAGUUAUCCGUGGGCAAUUCGGUAUACUGAUGUACGCAAAUGGUAAAGGACAAAUAAUAAAUCGUGCCGAGUAUUUGAGAUGGAAAUUUCGUGAUCUGGAACAAGUUGUUCUGCCAAUUGAGGCAUCUCUUUCACGAUUCGAUCCGCUUGCCCAGUGGAGUGAUCACGAAGCAUGCUGGCAAAUGCAGUACCGAGGUUCUCUUGGUGAAACAUUACUUCAUGUAUUAAUUAUUUGCGACACAAGAUCCCAUACACGUAUUGCUAGAAUUUUGAUCAAGUGUUUUCCACGUUUGGCCAUUGAUGCUGUCGAGGGCGAGGAGUAUCUAGGUGCCAGUGCACUUCAUCUAGCUAUCGCUUACAACAACAACGAAUUGGUACAGGAUUUAGUUGAAGCCGGUGCUAAUGUAUCACAGCGUGCUAUUGGUAGUUUUUUUUUACCCCGGGAUCAACAGCAGCAACAACGUGUAUCACGUAAUACGGAUUAUGAAGGAUUGGCAUAUUUAGGCGAGUAUCCACUUGCUUGGGCAGCCUGUUGCGCCAAUGAAAGUGUCUACAAUCUUUUACUAGAUUCUGGAGCUAAUCCCGAUGAUCAAGAUUCAUUUGGUAACAUGAUUUUACACAUGGUCGUCGUAUGUGAUAAACUUGAUAUGUUCGGUUACGCUUUACGUCAUCCAAAAUUUCCUGCCAGUAAUGGAAUUGCUAACACCGCGGGAUUUACGCCUCUGACAUUGGCAUGUCAACUAGGAAGAGCUGAAGUCUUUCGUGAGAUGCUUGAGCUUUCAGCACGUGAAUUUUGGCGUUACAGCAAUAUUACGUGCUCGGCGUAUCCACUCAAUGCACUGGACACAUUGUUACCUGAUGGUCGGACAAAUUGGAACUCGGCUCUGUUCAUAAUUCUUAACGGUACCAAAGAAGAACAUUUAGACAUGUUGGAUGGUGGUAUCAUUCAGCGAUUACUCGAGGAAAAAUGGAAAACCUUCGCUCGUUUACAGUUCCUGAAACGUUUAAUUAUUCUUGUAUUUCAUCUAACAUCUCUAUCCUUGGCCGUUUAUCUGCGUCCAGCCGAGAUCGAUGCCGACUUAAUGGGAUGGCCAGAAGAGUGGACAGAUAUAGGUCGUACUAUUGCCGAAUGCAUCACUGUGUUGGGUGUCUUGAGUUACAUUUUACUCCAACUUGGUGGUGAAGUCGUAAACAUUGGUCUUAUAUCUUUCCUCAAGCAAUUGAGUCAUGAACCAGCAAAAUUUAUAUUCCUCAUCAGUAAUAUAUUGAUCCUCGCGUGUAUCCCCUGUCGUCUUGCUGGAGACCGUCAUUUAGAAGAUGCUAUUCUGGUAGUCGCAGUUCCGGGUUCAUGGUUUUUAUUGAUGUUCUUCGCUGGGGCCGUACGGCUAACUGGACCGUUCGUCACGAUGGUCUACAGCAUGAUAACAGGCGACAUGCUGACCUUUGGUAUUAUUUAUACAGUCGUACUCUUUGGAUUUUCCCAAUCAUUUCAUUUUCUAUAUAAAGGAUUUCCCCGUGUCAGUUCAUCACUUUUUCACUCUUAUCAUUCAACUUGGAUGGCGUUAUUCCAGAUUACUCUUGGAGACUAUAGUUACUCAGAUUUAAGUGACACAACAUAUCCAAAUGUUAGCAAAACAGUAUUUGCUAUUUUUAUGGUACUUGUACCUAUUUUAUUACUCAAUAUGUUGAUUGCUAUGAUGGGUAAUACGUAUGCUCAUGUUAUUGAACAAAGUGAAAAAGAGUGGAUGAAACAGUGGGCAAAAAUAGUGGUAUCUCUAGAGCGCGCAGUAUCACAAAAAGAUGCUCACAAUUAUCUACAAGAAUACAGUAUAAAAUUAGGUCCAGGAGACGACCCAAAUAAUCCCGCUUCAGAGCAACGAGGUGUCAUGGUGAUUAAAAGUAAAUCCAAGACAAGGGCCAGACAGAGAAAAGGCGCCUUGGCUAAUUGGAAGCGUGUGGGCAAAGUGACCAUAAACGCGCUUCGUAAGCGCGGAAUGACUGGCGAAGAGUUGAGGUGUAUAAUGUGGGGUCGUGCAUCUAUUUCAACACCAGUCCGAGCUAGUCCACACAUGAACGAGCCACAAAUCUCAGCAACAACCGCUGGGUUUGGGGAUGCUUUAACAGCAGCAUUGGAUGUAAUGGCCUUUAGCCACGACAUUGACCCAACGGCAGAAGCCACAGGAAUAACAAGUACCAUUGGUCCAAUAUCUAAAAGUACAAGCAACUAUCAGUCAAAAGGUCUUCCAAUGACAAUCACUGAAUCGUCAAUGUCCUCUGCUACAACUGUUAUUGAGAUGGGAAAUCCCAUUAGUGGAGUAAACCGGGUGGAUCAGAAUCAACUCAUUGAGUCUUGGUCCGAGCCACCAGCAAUAGACGAUAGUGGAAGGCAACGGCAACAACAAGAACUCGAUCCUUUACUGAAUCUCGUCAUUGCGUCAGAGAGUCCACAAUUGCAGCAUGAGGCUUUACUUAGAAUGGCUGAGGAGGCGAGAAUUUCGAGCGAAGUUAAAGUUGAACUUAAUGCUUCUAUUUUAGAGACCUUUGGCUUGGGACUUGCGCCUGCUGAUAUCUUUGCUGAAUCUACUCCUGUUGCUAAUGACGAAGAUAAAUUCUUUGAGGAAUCCAGUGACGAUAUUUGUGGAAGUAAUCUAUUGGGUACGGAGUCAAGAUUACGUCGAAUAAAAUCAGCAAGUGUUAGAUACACGAAAAAAAGUAAUUUACGUAUGGAUAAUGCUCAGAAUGGUGUUAGAGUUGGUUUCGAUUAUUAUUCUUCAUCAGAAGAGAAUCAGAAUCCGCAGAGUCGUGUUAUUUUUACAAACGGUUGUGUAAACGAAUCCACUUCAAAGCUAGAAAAGACAACGGUGUCAUCUGCGUCGUCAUCAUCUGAGAUGAACCGAGAAAAUAAACUCGAGCGAGUGAAAUCAGACGUUAAAGAGGGUCGUUGGGAAAAUGAGAAGCUUGAGAUGAACAGAGAACACAGGAAUCACCAUCAGCACCACCAGCAAAAUGUCAAUAAAAAUCACAAACGUCGUGCUAAAACUGGAAAAAACAGAGUAUCACCAAAAGAAGUUAAUACGAAAGCCAGUAAUGAAAGUCAGGAGAGCAUUUCAACUCCAACAUCGCCUACAGAUCCCCUUGAACCGUGGAGUACUCGCGGGAUCACCGACAUGAACACAAUAUUGGCUUGGCGAGAAGCUGGGAUGGAAAGUCCUUAA